AUGGACUCCUCUGAUUUGACCCAUCCGAACGCCAAAGAGGUCAACGCCUCAUUUCCCACACAGCGAUCUUCAUUCUCCUAUUCGUCUGGUAAUGAACCAAGACGCAUGUCUUCUUUCGGUACACAGAAACAUGCGCCUGUAGCGCCUGGCCAAGAGCAACUGCAGUCGGUCAACGAAUCAACUCCCAUAGUGAAGAGAUCUGAGUCAUCCAGACGACAGUAUCACUCAACGGAUAGUCUGAGGAAUCGAGAUUCGGGUUCUGGGGAUGCACCUCGAAAGGACUCGACGCAACGGGACUCAGGUGAUGAUCACCAAAAUCCACAAUCAAACUCGGCGCCGAAGGCUUCAUGGUAUAGCCGCAUGGCAGACAGAUACGGAAGUCUAGAGCUUGAAAAUAAGGGGAGUGUUGCUCGAGAUCAUCUGGCUUUGGAGCGAACUUUUCUUGCAUGGCUGAGGACAUCCCUUGCUUUUGCGUCUAUCGGAAUUGCGGUGACACAGCUGUUCCGUUUGAACACUGCUUCUACUGGGAACACAUCGGGCGCUGAAGCUUCGUCACAUGGCCUUCCGCCACUUCUGUCGCCUCCAUUUUACGAUCCGGCCGCCAUUCGAGCCACCUCCACUUCUGCACGUCUUCGCAGUAUAGGUAAACCGCUCGGGACAACAUUUAUCGGCGUUGCCAUUCUUAUUCUCCUGGUGGGCUUCCAUCGUUACUUCGAGAGUCAGUACUGGAUUAUCCGGGGUAAAUUCCCAGCCAGCCGUGGCAGCAUAGCCUUGAUCGCUUUUGUAGCCGCAGCACUGAUCAUAGCCGCUUUGGUCGUUAUUCUUGCUAUAUCUCCAAAUGCAGUUGAAGAUCCCCAGCGUGCCAUUGGGUACCUCCAAAUAGAAUGCGCCUGUCAGCGAUUCAAUAUAUCGGAGAAAUGCAAACCAAACUAUGGAGGUUGCGUCGACGGACGACGCUCCGUUCCUAUCGAACUUCUGGACGUUGCAGGUCUGGUACCUGGAGCGCAUCAAGGACGGGGACUAGGCAAUAAGUUCUUAGAUGACUUGCGUCAUGCAGAUGCUUUGAUCCAUGUGGUGGACGUUAGCGGGACAACAGAUGCAGAAGGCAAAGCAACACGAGGGUAUGACCCUUCACAAGACAUUGAAUGGCUUCGGUCCGAAAUUGUGCGAUGGGUACUAGGAAACUUGAUGCAGAAGUGGGGCUCAAUCAAGAGGAGACAUGUCGCAAUUAAGUCGACGGCAGUAGACACUUUGCAAAACCAAUUUUCUGGGUAUGGGAGUACAACAUCGAUUGUUGCAAGAUGUUUAGACCGAAUAGGGCUUAAAGAGCCUCUUGAAAACUGGUCAGAGGAAACGAUCGAACGGGUUGUGGAAUCUUUCAUUGAGGAAAAGUUCCCCACCGUGUUUGCCUUGAAUAAAAUUGAUCAUCCCGAUGCCGACAAGAAUAUCAGUAAAAUCGCCAAGAUGCAAGAUCCGAAAUCCAUCGUCCUCUGCUCCGCCAUUUCAGAAGUGUUUCUUCGGAGAUUAGCAAAACAAAAUUAUAUCAAAUACAUAGAGGGCAGCGAAUAUCUAGAUACAAGGGAAGAUCUCAUAGACAUGGGCGAUCCUGACGGGGGCGGCUUGAAGGAGAUGGACGAGAAACUGAAGAACCGCGUCGAAAACCUGAAAGACAUGGUACUUUAUCGCUUCGGGUCAACGGGGGUGGUCCAAUGCCUUACACGAGCAGCAGAACUCUUGGGGCUUGUACCGGUGUUCCCUGUUAGAAAUGUACAUACGUUUGCGUCUGGCGCUGGCAGUGCUGUGUUUCGAGAUUGUGUUUUGGUCAAGAAAAAUAGCACCGUAGGUGAUGUCGCUCAUAAAGUCAUGGGUGAUGUGCCAAUUUCCUACAUUGAGGGUGUUGGUGGCAUCCGAGUCUCGGAAGACGAAAUCGUUCAAGUCGGAAGGCAUGAUGUGCUCAGCUUCAAGCCCGGCCGGUAA